CCCGAAGAGGCGGCGGCGGCGCUGGUGGUGGUGGCUGCGGUAGCUGCGUGGAGCGAGGCGGUGGCAGGCCCACUUUUGGCGAUCUUGGCCCAGGCUUCGGCUCAUGGCACCGGGCAGCAUCCAUCGUGAGAUCAUUAACUGAAGACCAAAUAAAUAGCUAUGCAAAAUUCCCACAUGGAUGAGUACAGAAACUCUGAUAAUGGCAGCACAGGCAACAGUUCAGAGGUAGCAGUAGUAGAGCAUCCAGAUUUUAGUACUGAGAUUAUGAAUGUUACGGAGAUGGAACAGUCGCCUGAUGCCUCUCCCAGCGCACAUGCGUCUACAGAAGAAAAUGAAAUGGCAAAUGCUGUGGACCUUCCAGUAACAGAAGCAGAAGGAGACUUCCCUCCAGAGUUUGAAAAAUUUUGGAAAACAGUAGAAAUGAAUCCUCAGGAUUUUACAGGCUGGGUAUAUUUGCUUCAGUAUGUAGAACAGGAGAAUCAUUUGAUGGCUGCCAGGAAAGCAUUUGACAAAUUUUUCAUACACUACCCGUAUUGCUAUGGUUACUGGAAAAAGUAUGCAGACCUUGAAAAGCGACAUGACAACAUUAAACAAUCAGAUGAGGUUUAUCGACGGGGGCUUCAGGCAAUACCUCUUAGUGUUGAUCUUUGGAUACAUUAUAUAAACUUCUUAAAAGAAACAUUGGACCCUGGUGAUGGUGAGACAAACAGUACAAUAAGAGGAACUUUUGAGCAUGCUGUUCUAGCUGCAGGAACAGAUUUUCGAUCUGACAAAUUAUGGGAAAUGUAUAUAAACUGGGAGAAUGAACAGGGAAAUCUGAGAGAAGUUACAGCUGUAUACGAUCGUAUUCUUGGGAUUCCAACGCAGCUGUACAGUCAUCAUUUUCAGAGAUUUAAAGAACAUGUACAAAAUAACUUGCCUAGAGAUCUUUUAACUGGUGAACAGUUUAUUCAGCUGAGAAGGGAAUUAGCUUCUGUAAAUGGACACAGUGGUGAUGACGGACCUCCUGGUGAUGACCUUCCAUCAGGAAUUGAAGACAUAACUGAUCCAGCAAAGCUAAUUACUGAAAUAGAAAACAUGAGACACAGAAUCAUUGAAAUUCAUCAAGAAAUGUUUAAUUAUAAUGAGCAUGAAGUUAGUAAGAGGUGGACAUUUGAAGAAGGUAUUAAAAGACCUUAUUUUCAUGUGAAGCCACUGGAAAAGGCUCAGCUAAAAAACUGGAAAGAAUACUUAGAAUUCGAAAUUGAAAAUGGGACUCAUGAAAGAGUUGUGGUUCUCUUUGAAAGAUGUGUCAUAUCUUGUGCCCUCUAUGAGGAGUUUUGGAUUAAGUAUGCCAAGUACAUGGAAAACCAUAGCAUUGAAGGAGUGAGGCAUGUCUUCAGCAGAGCUUGUACUGUUCAUCUCCCAAAGAAACCCAUGGCACAUAUGCUUUGGGCAGCUUUUGAGGAACAACAGGGGAAUAUUAAUGAAGCCAGGAUUAUCUUGAGAACAUUUGAAGAAUGUGUUCUAGGAUUGGCAAUGGUUCGAUUGCGAAGAGUAAGUUUAGAACGACGGCAUGGAAAUAUGGAAGAAGCUGAACAUUUGCUUCAAGAUGCUAUAAAGAAUGCCAAAUCAAAUAAUGAGUCAUCAUUUUAUGCUAUCAAACUAGCCCGACAUCUUUUCAAAAUACAGAAAAAUCUUGCAAAAUCAAGAAAAGUACUUUUGGAAGCAAUUGAAAAAGAUAAGGAGAACACAAAGUUAUACCUCAAUUUACUUGAAAUGGAAUACAGUUGUGACCUCAAGCAAAAUGAAGAAAAUAUCCUUAAUUGCUUUGACAAAGCCAUACAUGGUUCAUUGCCUAUUAAAAUGAGAAUUACAUUUUCUCAAAGAAAAGUGGAAUUCCUUGAAGAUUUUGGUUCAGAUGUUAAUAAGCUUCUGAAUGCAUAUGAUGAACAUCAAACACUUCUAAAAGAACAGGAUACUUUAAAAAGGAAAGCUGAAAAUGGCUCAGAAGAACCAGAAGAAAAGAAAGCACACACAGAAGAUUUGUCAUCAGCACAGAUCAUUGAUGGGGAUUUACAGGCAAAUCAAGCUGCAUAUAAUUACAGUGCCUGGUAUCAGUACAAUUAUCAGAAUCCUUGGAAUUAUGGACAGUAUUAUCCUCCACCUCCAACUUGAUGGGAAAAUGUAAAUUUCAGAUGGCUUAUAUGAUAUGUGGAAUUAUUUUUUUUGAAGGAUGUAAACAUAGUAUAUGCUUGUUGUAUUUGAUAAUUUGUCCUCCCAGUUUCUGUGUAACAUUUGUUUAGUUAGUAGCAGGAAAUGUCAAUUAAUAGUGUAUCAUAGAAACUUUCCUACCAUUUUUAAAAUUUACUUUUUAUUGGAGAACUAUUUUUUUUAUUUUUUAUUUUAUCUUAUUUUUUUUUGCAUUAAUUGGUCUAGAAUUCUUUGGCAGCUCAUGCAGGAGAUUUGUAGCCUUAACUGUAGGGAGAAAAAACUGACUGUGAAUCAUGUCAGUUAAAAAAGAUUGGGGGAAACAAAAAUAAGGGCUGGUUAUUGAGAAUUUUGCCUCCUAUAAAAACAGACUUUUAAAAAAUUUACUUUUAAACCCUAAGGUUGUCUAUAUGUUACAGUUAUUCUGGGGAAUUUGGCUCUAACUCCAGGAUAGAUGAACUGUUGACAUGCUCUGCCUUUGAAUAGAUUAUAAGCAAGAAAGUUUAAUGUCAGCAUCCCUUUAAGAAAUCAAAUAUCAAAGUAUGUUUUAGCAGAGUUUGUAUCUAGAAUAUUCAUGUAAGACUUAUGAGCAAGCUUUCAUUUUGAUCAAACAUCAUUUUUGUAAUAAAAAUGACUCGUGCAGCAAUUGUUUAUGAAUUCAUUUGUGGGAGGUACACAAAAUAGAGAAUAACAUUGUCUUGAAGUAAAUUUUUCUCCAAAUUUAUUAUCUUCCUACCAGAAUGUUUCAGCUAUUUGGUUUUGUUUCAAGUUCUGUGCCUUUUAAUUUCCACCAUGAAGUAUUAUUUUAAAUGUCCUUGACAAAGCUAGCCACCUUGAUUAACAGUUCAACUCUUUGGACAGUCACUAGUUCUUAGAAUACAGAACACAGAAUAAAUAAGUCAGUCAAGACAAUCAAUGACAUUUUUAUUGAGCCUUUUAGUUACGAGGUAAAAGGAAAUGCAGCUCUCUUGAAUACUUUACAUGGCUGUAGGAAAAUAUCUGAGACUUAAAGGGAGUAACAGGAUUAUGUUUCUCAAAAGUUGAGAUCAAGUAAACAAGCUUUAAUUCUAAAUUUUCCAGUUGACUCUUCCCUUACAAGCUCUAAUUAACCACAGCUCAUUUUUAUGUUCGCUGAUGUCCCAUCUGAAGUACUGGUUUCAGUCAAUAUCUACUAAUUCCACUUCAAAAAUGAGCUUGCUGUUUGGUGGAAUUCUGUGGGAAAUGGUCAAGGAAAACUUGAAAAGUGCAUAAUAUUAGAGUUAUAAAAUCAGAUUGUGUGUGGUGGAGACAGAAUUAAAAGUUCUAGGGUAAGCCAGAUUAUACCAGUAGAUUUAAGAGGACAGGUUUGUAUUUGGCUCAGGCUAGCUUGAGCUUCUUAUGAGUAUAUUUGAUAAUCAGUACCUCACUAAUGCUACCAAAUUAGCCAGUAUCUUAUGAAGGUUUCACUGUAUUCAAAACCUCUAUGUUGGCAGAACAUGUCAUCUACUGUGAAUUAUGAGACAAGUUUAGGUGAGCUUGGUGGUGCAGUUUUAAAUCCCAGCACUCAGAAGGCAGGGGUAGACCUGGGGACAGCCUGGUCUGCACAAACUCUUAGGUGAGAAGACUUUCUUCAUGUAGUCUUACAAUUUUGAAGACUACAAGGAGGACUACCAAUCCCAAACCUCACUCCUUAUCUACAAAUUACAGUAUCAAAACUGAUUUGGCCAGCAAGAAUGGAAUCACUUUUCCACUUAACUAUUAGAUCAGUUUAGUCUAAAAUGGUCUAGAAUCAUUGCCUUUCUGCGUUUUGUAAAUGUUGACAAAUUGGGACCUAUCAUAAAAAUACUGUAAUCCCUAAUAAAUGCUUACUAACAUUA